UCAACGUAUAAAAGUGAGGUUAUGCUUAUUUUUUUCAUUCAUUAAUCAAAAUAGUUUGUGUUGUGAUGCAUUCUUUCUCCGAUAAAUUCUGCAAAAAAUACAAAUUAAGAAAAAGAUGAGUGCUGCAAAAUCUGCCCUACAGAUUGACGAAGAGUUCCUGGACGACCUUGCGAGUAGAUUUAUCAUAAAUGUUCCCGUAGAAGAGCGAGCAAAUUUAAUUCGGAUUUGCUUCCAAGUGGAGCUGGCUCAUUGGUUUUACUUGGAUUUCUACUGCGGUGGUGAGGAUUACCGGGGGGUUUCGUGCACACUCAAGCAGUUUGCAACACAAAUCUUCCAACAUGUGCCCUUCCUUCGUGUGCGACUGCCGCAUUUGGAUGAAAUCCUGGACAAUUGGAAGAAAUACAAGCUAUCUGUGCCAACGUACGGGGCUAUUCUCAUCUCUGACGACCUAAGUCAGGUCCUUUUGGUCCAAUCGUACUGGGCCAAGAGCUCCUGGGGCUUCCCCAAGGGGAAGGUUAAUGAGAAUGAAGAUCCCGUUCACUGCGCUGUCAGGGAAGUUUUCGAGGAAACUGGUUUCGACAUAUCCCACCUCAUUCAAGCUGCUGACUUCUUCGAAAGCACCUUCAAUGAUCAAUUUACGCGUCUCUACGUUGUGAGCAAUGUACCCAAAGAUACGGUGUUUACUCCAAGGACUCGCAAUGAGAUCAAGUGCUGCGUGUGGUUCCCAAUUGAUCUCCUGCCGAAUAGUAAAACUGAAGUGGAUACAAAGCAAACGGUGGGCUUCAAUGCCAACUCCUUCUUCAUGAUUAUGCCCUUUAUGAAGCGCCUGAAGAAGUGGGUGCACAGUCGACGCGAAGAGGUCUUGGCCAGGAAGGCGGGGAAGUCUCAACAACCCUCAAACUCCAAAGGAGAGAAAAAGAGGCAACGCCACAAGUCUAUGGGGGAAAUCGAGAAUCUCUGGAUCGGCGACGGGGGUAGCGGUGUGCAUAAGAUGAGUGGUGGGAGUUUGCUGAAUAACCCCGGUGGGGGAAAUAAGGGUACCCCAAUGGGGCACAAUUGGGAACCAAAGAGACGCGACAAAGCCCCCAAGACCAACCCAAAGCGACAACUUUUCGGUUCAGACGCCACAGCGACCAGUACUCCGGAUACCAGUCCCGCAGUAUUGUCCAGAAAUACUCCAAUCAUCGCCGCAAAGAACAAAACAAAGAUCACGGAUAGUAGCAGCAGCAAGAAACCCAAUCCACGGCCACAGUUCGUCGUGACGCCGUGUUGGGAGUGGGACAACUUCCGUUUUGACAUUGCGCGAAUCUGUGAUUCUCACAAUAAUUUGUAAGUUGUGUUAAAAGCAAAGAAAAGAGAAAAUUAAAAUCCUUUCGAUUUUAUUUAGUCCACA